ACAGCUCCCACACCCUUCCCCAGAGCUGCUACCCGCAUGCAGCCCCGGACACAGCCCCUAGCCCAGGCCCUACCCUUCUCCCUUGGAGGGGUCCUGCAAGACACUGGACUCCGGGUGCCCAUCAUAAAGAUGGGCACAGGGUGGGAGGGCCUGCAGCGGACCCUGAAGGAAGUUGUCUACAUCCUCCUCUGCUGCUGGUGUAUCAAGGAGCUGCUGGAUUAAUGGAAGCAGGGACCUGCCUCCUCCCCCUGGGACCAGAGCAGGCAUCACUCAGCUCCCGGCCCAGCCCUCGUGAAGACUCCUGGCACCAGCUGUGCUCGCCCAAGGAUGGGCCACGAACAGCAAGUGAAGUGCGAUCCUGCUUUGAGUCUGUGCCAUCCAUCAGACCUGCCUCAUCUCUGGGCAUCUCCAUUCCCAGCCCCCACCUCUGGUGUACCUAUGGUGCACAGGAACCUGGCCUGCUGGCUAGGACCCCAGUCAGACUGCAGCAGGAACUGGCACUCCUCCAAGCCUGGCACAGUGAGCCCACCUGCCCAGAUGGUUUAUCUUACCAUACUGUCCUUUUAGUACCAGGAAUGGGCUGGGCCCCAGGAUCUCUGUUUGAGAAUCACUGAACUAUAUAUACAAUAAAUAAGCCUUGAGGUCAAAA